GUAUUCGCAGCCUUGCUCACCUCACUAGUUAUAUUUUUCCUCACAAAAAUGACGAUCGCAAAGAAUUCGCGAAUGAUGAGCCUGCUCAAUUACCGGCUACGCCUGACGCUGGCAGACACACGCGUAAUGACGGGCCAAAUGCUGGCCUUCGACAAACACAUGAACCUGGUGCUUGGCGACUGCGAGGAGUUCCGCACGGUGAAGUCCAAGAGCUCCAAGGGCAAGACGCAGCAGAUCAAGCGCACACUUGGCCUGGUGAUUCUGCGCGGCGAGUCAGUGAUCUCCAUUAGUGUUGAUGGCGCGCCGCCACGUACGGACGCGCUGAAGACGCGUGCAGCCAUGGCGACAGGGCCCGGGCGUGGCCUAGGCCAGGCGGGCCGCGGUAUGCCGGUUGCGCCGCCUGGUAUGGCGCCGCAGGGGCUGGCAGGGCCCGGUCAGGGGCGUGGGCGGUCCGGCGAUUGGCGUUAUGCAGGCACGGCCGGUUGCGUAUGGUCGGCCGCCACCGCCGCGUCCGGGGAUGGGUGCGCCGGGUAUGCCGCCGCCAGGAUUCCGGCCGCCACCGGGCAUGCCGCCUCCUGGGUUCCAGCCGCCGCCGGGCAUGCCUGGUAUGCCAAUGGGUGGGAUACCGCCACCAGGCUUCCCGCCGCAGCCGCCGCCUGGAUUCCGUCCGCCUCGGCCUGGAGCCCGGCCACCGCGUGGACCGCCGGGCCAGUAAAACCAAAUACAUUUAUGAUUUCAGUAUUCCAAUAUACGACCUUCACUGAUACAUGCACAUGGGGAUGCAGUUGAGGGACGCCCUCCCCCGAUGCAGGGGAGCAGCCAUGGCCAUUUAUUUCACAAGCGAACAAAAGGGGG